UCUGAACACUAGCUGGCGCCAAACCAAAUUCUAAUUCUAUUAUGACUCAUCGAUCAAUUUUGGCGACACGAACCGAAGUCGAAGUUCUCGUUAUCAGGAAAGGACUCAGAAAUCAUCAUGGAUCAGGUAUUACAACAGCAGCUAUCUAAAGCAACAGAGAUCAUUGAGAAUCAGGUGGAUGCUGAGAUACAACGUCUUGAUAACCUAGAUGGAGAUGAAUUGGAGAUCUUAAGACGGAACAGAUUGGCUGCCAUGAAGAAGCAACGAGAAAAGGAGGAUGAGUGGAGAUCGUUAGGACACGGGGAGUACCAGGAGAUCCCGGUUGAGAAGGAUUUCUUUGCUGAAUGCAAGAAGAGCACCAAUGUGGUUUGUCAUUUCUACCGUGACAGCACUGAACGUUGUAAGAUAGUUGACAAACACCUACGGAUACUGGCUGCUAAACAUAUAGAAACACGCUUCUUGAAGAUCAAUGCAGAGAAGUGUCCUUUUCUUGCUCAGAGAUUGAGGAUAGUUUUGAUUCCUACCAUAGCUCUCAUUAGGGAGGGAAAGACCAAGGAUUACAUAGUAGGGUUUGAUGAUCUUGGAGGACGUGAUGACUUUCCAACUGAGAUGAUGGAAUGGAGAUUAGGGUGUGCUGAGGUGAUUAAUUACAGUGGUAGUCUGAGUGAUCCACCCACUGGAGGUAAGGGAGCUAAACCAACCUCCAAAGCUUCUGAUCUACUGGGUAGGAGAACACAGAAGAUCAUCAAAGGAGGUAGAUAUGAUGACUCAGAUUCUGAUCUAGAGGACUGAUUUCAACACAAUGAGUGCUUGCUUACAGAGGAACGGCAUUCCAACUUCUGCCCCUAGCAACAUGAUUCUCACGAUGAGUGCUAUCAUCUUGAGUUGCAUCCCAACUUCCGCCCCCAGUAAUAAACUUUUUCAUUUUCGUUCCUGCUUUGAAUGCAAAGCAUUUGAUGGGAUGUAGUUACGCCCCUCUCAGGAUUUUGGGGGAAGAUCACAUGGUUCUUGGAUUCCCAUUGUUAAGCCUAUUUUAUGUCAUGUAUUUCAAAUGCCUUGUUCAGAUAUGGCAUGACAACUCUUUGCCCAAAAGCUCAAUGACAUGAUCUAUUCAGAGUUUAUUGUUAGGA